AGGCCACAUUAGAACCCUGGUCCUGGGCCACUCGUUUUGCUCAACUCCAGCUCAGCCUGCCCUUCUUAGCCGAUGGCCUGGGGUGGUUACUAAUCCUGUCCUGGCUUCUUUCUGCUGAAGCCCCCUGGACAAGCCGCCCAAACUGGGCCUCAUUCAGAAUGCUUUCCAGACACCGCCCCAAUCUUGUGAAGUAGGUGUCACUUUAAAGAUAAAGAAAGCGAGGCCAGAAGUUAGGACCCUUGCUUUGCACAAGGGCACGGGGUGAGAGUUAACCGGGCUAUUUGCACGACAGGGCUAUCCGUGCAGGCGGCGGCUGCGGGGCCCAGCAUGCAGUAGGCGCCCGGUGUCGGGUCACUAGUGUCACUACUUCUCCUAUCAGAGUGACCCCGCAGGUCUCCGGAUGCCCUCCGGGCCUGUGGCCACGCAGCUUGCAGGCUACCACAUCACAUGAGCCGUACUAUCUUUAGCCGGGGAGGUAUUUAUAUCCCGGAGGAAGUUGUUCCGCAAGGGGAGCCCCAGCACCGGUGGCCCGCGGCUCCCGGCCCCGGCGGCCCAGCAUGCCGCGGGGCCCCGAGGUCCCCGUGCAGGUGUGGGUGGACGGCCAGCUGUUCCAGGCCGAGCAGGGCCUGCUGGUGGAGCACUGCGGCUUCUUCCGCGGCCUCUUCCGCUCGGGCAUGCGGGAGGCGCGCGCCGCCGAGGUGCGCUUGGGGGCGCUGAGCGCCGACGGCUUCCGCACGGCGCUGCAGGUGCUGCGCGGGCAGCGGCCGGCGCUGGCGGCCGAGGACGAGCUGCUGCAGGCCGUGGAGUGCGCCGCCUUCCUGCAGGCGCCGGCGCUCGCGCGCUUCCUGGAGCACAGCCUCACGUCUGACAACUGCACGCUGCUGUGCGACGCGGCCGCCGCCUUCGGCCUGCGCGACGUGUUCCACAGCGCCGCGCUCUUCAUCCGCGACGGCGCCUGCGAGCUGGCGGCCGGGCUGGCGCUGCCCGAAGCCCGCGCCUACGUGGCCGCCCUGCGGCCCAGCUGCUACGUGGCGCUGAGCACGCACACGCCCGCGCCCGGCUUCCUGGAGGACGCGUCGCGCACCAUGUGCUACCUGGACGAGGAGCAGGACGCGUGGCGCACGCUGGCCGCGCUGCCCCUAGAGGCCAGCACGAUGCUGGCGGGCGUGGCCACGCUGGGCAACAAGCUGUACAUCGUGGGCGGCGUGCGCGGCGCCAGCAAGGAGGUGGUGGAGCUGGGCUUCUGCUAUGACCCCGACGGCGGCACAUGGCGCGAGUUCCCCAGCCCGCACCAGCCGCGCUAUGACCCGGCGCUGGCCGGCUUCGACGGCUGCCUCUACGCCAUCGGGGGCGAGUACCAGAGGACGCCUGUGAGCUCCGUGGAGCGCUACGACCCGGCCGCGGGCUGCUGGAGCUUCGUGGCCGACCUGCCGCAGCCCGCCGCGGGUGUGCCCUGCGCCCAGGCGCGCGGCCGCCUCUUCGUGUGCCUGUGGUGGCCCGCGGACACCACGACCAUCGUGGAGUAUGUGGCGCGGACCGACACGUGGCAGCCGGUGGCCGAGCUGCGGCGUCCGCAGAGCUACGGCCACUGCAUGGUGGCCCAUCGCGACAGCCUCUACGUGGUGCGCAAUGGACCUUGCGACGACUUCCUGCACUGCGCCAUCGACUGUCUCAAUUUGGUCACUGGCCAGUGGACGGCACUGCCAGGCCAGUUUGUCAACAGCAAGGGAGCGCUCUUCACGGCCGUCGUGCGCGGGGACACCGUCUACACGGUCAACCGCAUGUCCACGCUGCUGUACGCCAUCGAGGGCGGCACCUGGCGGCUGCUCAGAGAGAAGAUCGGCUUUCCCCGGCCCGGCUCCCUGCAGACCUUUCUGCUGAGGCUGCCCGCUGGAGCUCCCGGGCCCGUGGCCUUGCCUUUGCCAGAACUGUGAACUCAAAAGUGGCUUUAGAAGAAGCACCCAGAGUCGUCCCUGAGCCGAGGCUGAGUGUGAAGCUGGCCGCUGAGAACUUCUGACCUCUGGAGACGCUCAGUUCUUGGUCUAGUGUCCUGAACCGAGGAGCUCAGGGAGCGCCAGAGCCCUCAGAGCACUUGGCCUCUGCUGGGAGCUGGUGGGUCACAAUGUCAGCAGGAGGGGUAGGUGCUUAGGAUUUGGAUAACCCACGCUUGUACGUGACUGGGCCACUAAUCCAGCAUGGCUAGUCGUGGGUUAGGUGAUAGUAACCAAACUGCCGGUCAGCGGGCAAGAACUAGGUGCCUCAUGUGUGCCCGAUACAGUGCUAGGCCUAAUGAGAGGUGUGGUCACUGGUCAGAUCUAACCCAGAAAAGCUCAGCCCUAACAGGACAGGUUGGGACAACAAAAGGUUUACACAUUCGUCUCCCUCCACAAAGGAUUGAAAGCAACAUAUUGGUUAAAAAAAAAAAAAAAAAAAAGGCACCUUUGGGCAAAAGGGACAUAAGGAGAAGAGAAAUUAAUAACCUCCGGAAGGAGGAGAGUGGACGGAUUGUAGAUGCACCCCGAAUCUUGGGGCAGGGGGUGAGGCCGUGCAGCAAGCACAACUGAGCUGGUCCUGGCGCAGCCUGUGGGGGAGGAAAGGGUUCCCUACACCCCCCUUGGGGACAUAGAACAUCAGGGAGCAUGCAGGUGUAAGCCCUCUGCCAGUGCCCUUUUCUGCCACCCCCGCAGGGACAGUGGAGUAUUAACCCUCACGCAUCAGGUUGUUCAAGGCGUGAGCCCAGUCCUGCCUCACCUCCUCCGCGUGUGCCUUCGUCUGCAGCCUGCAGGUCCCACGGCUCUCCCCGCCGAUGCGCCUGCCCUCCCCCGGGCCUGGAAUAAAUGCCUUUCCUGUCCCGCUCUCUGUGAGCUGGGUCUCCCCCUCCUCUGUGCAGGGUCAGCUGACCCAGCUCCUUGUUUGCCUGACCUGGGCUGCCAGCAUUGCUCAUUGGACCCCUGGCUGUGACGUCACUCUCAGUGUUGGUGUGUCCGUGUGUAUACACGCAGUAGCCGCACACAGUAUUCAAGGCGGAGGCCUUGUGCUGGUAGCUGGGGGCAUUUCCACACCUGCAGAGUAAAAUGAGGCUUUACAAGAAGCCAAGCUGUGGGGGCCGCUAGAUAGGGACCUGCCACGGACUUGCACUGUUAGACAGUCUCGUCCCCCUUUGGACAUCCAGGACCGGCUUCUGGGCAGGAAGCUGGUGUCGGGCUGCCCCAGUGUCCCAAGUCUGCAGAAGGCCACCCUCAUGGCCCGGGACCGUCCAGCCCUGGAAUAUAUGUCCUUGUCCAGUGAGUGACAAUAGUAAACUCUGAUUUUUUAGCUUCCGUGAAUGCUAUAGUACUUUGAUGUCCUUCUCCUGGGAGCCGUGCCCUUGCCGUGUGACCAGUGAGAUACAUGGAGAAGCUGACCGACUGGCCCAAAGCCGCCCAGCAUGGCAGCGCCCCUCAGUUCCGGUUGUGCUGAAGCAUAUUUUAUAUCACGUGUCAGUGAGUGAUUGGACUCAUAAUGGAACCAGAAAAACGCAAGGCCAGUUGGGAAGAGUGUUUGAAAGGCUAAGAUUUGUAUAUGUAGUUGGGAAAGACAUGCUGAAAUACGUUUGCUGAGUUAGAGAUGAAGCUGGAUAAUGUCUUAGAGGGCAAUAAAACCAUCAUGCUCUGGCUCUGUCCUGGAA